AUGUCAUUAGAGUCGCAAAAGUCAUUGUCAGAGGUUUCUUCCGCCUUUUCGGACGAGUUUUAUGAAAUGCUCCAGUCGGAAUCCAAAAUGACAGCUCUUCAGGAACGACUUCAGACUCACGGAUACACCAGUAAUACAGGCGGCAAUGAAAACAGCGACGAGGUUUCUUUAUCCACCCUCAUUCCGAUUCUCUCUGAUGAAAUGCGCCAGGUCUUGAUUCAGACUCUCCCUGAUUUGUUUGCCGGAACGUUUGAAACCAAUGUCUAUCCUGACGAAUGGCAUUGGAGAGCUGGGAUAUCUCGACCGGAUGCCACUCGAGAAAUGUGCAACUCUUGGAAAUCAUCGAGAACCAUUGCUUCCGUCGUAUUGAACGAAAAUCUGGGAAAAUUCAUUGCCGAUGUAAUGCAAUGGGACUCGGUUCGAAUCGCACAAGAUGACAUUGUCUGGAAGCCACCACAACCCAUUACAACACAAUUGGACUAUAUUCCUCAAGGUCGUCGGAUUGAUACGGUAGGCUUUCACCAGGACUCGGCAUAUAUAUCCAAACAAUUCACACCCUACGACAACAAUUCCGUAACACUUUGGAUCGCCUUGGAUGACGCUGACCAAAACAAUGGCUGUUUGGAAUACGCGGUAGGCUCUCAUCAAUGGCAGCCUAUUUUGCACAAGCGAGAAGGCAACGAUGAAGAAUCCUCUGAUAUGUCAAGCUUUCAUGGAUCCGAUGAAAAGAGUUACAAGAGCGCGAUCGACAAGGCAUAUGCCAUUGCUUCGGCAAAGAACAACGCUGAUGAUUUACCCGCACAACUGACCAAGAACAUCCAGGCAGCACCGGUUAGUGCCGGUCAUGCGGUUCUACAUCAUCAAGAUACAUGGCAUGGUAGCGGUCCUAAUACAUCAGAUACACGACAUCGACGGGCUCUUGUGGUGCAUUUCUUGCGAGGUGAUGUCACCUUUGUGGAGGAUGAUCAUUCGACAGCAACACCACCAUUGCCAUUUGGCAAUGCGAGUUACAUUUAUGGGAGGUACAAACGAUUCAAUAGUGUGGAGGUGGAUGAAACCUAUUUCCCAAUAAUUUACAGCAAAAAUGGUUGUGAUCAAAAGCGAACAGAAUGGCUCGAUGAUUAUGUUACUAUUGUUUGA